GUUCCGGCAUUCUCAUCUCGAAUGCCGCCGGUGUCGGAGUGUGUCGGGGUCGCGGCGGAGUCUAGCUGAAAGUGUGACACAAAGUUGUUGCAAUUUGUGUGUAGCAAAAUAGCUAGAAAGUGAAGUGAAAGCGUGAACAGAAUGUAACAAAAUAACAAAAAGUGAAUAAAACCAAAUAAAUGAUUAAGAGCAAAACCAAAGUGGAGUGUGCAGUGGAGAUAAAAAGAUAAACAAAAAAGGGAAAAGUGAAGAACCUAAGUGAAUAAACCAGACGAGAAAUGGCGAAUCCAAGCAAGCUGAAUCCGCACGAGCGGCACGAUGAUUACGCAUCGGAGAGCUAUUUGCGCAGGAUAAAGGCGGAAAUUCGGAAGACAAACAAACCAAUCAUGGAGAAGAAACGACGUGCUCGCAUCAACAACUAUCUGAACGAUCUCAAGAGCUUGCUGCUGGACGCGAUGAAGAAGGACCCCGUUCGUCACUCGAAGCUGGAGAAGGCGGACAUUCUCGACCUGACCGUGAAGCAUCUGCAGGACGUCGAGCGGCGCCGUCUAAACCUGGCGAUGGCCGUUGACCCGACCGUGCCGGAAAAGUUCGCCAACGGUUACCGCGAGUGCAUCGACGAGAUUGGCAAGUACUUCGAUUCGCUCGGCUCGGUCGACGAAGGGCUGAAGGCGCGCGUUCGCAAGCACCUUGAGAGCUGUCUCACCUUUCAACCCGGCAAACCGUUCCCGGCGAUGGGAGGGCUGGCCGGUGUGCCGUUCGGGUCGUUUGCCGGCGUUCCACUGCAUUCGCCCGACGACAUCAACAACAAUAGCAGCAACACCACUGCCACAACCCCCAGCACCCACAAUGGACUGCUGAAUCGUACCUUUGCCAACAACCUGUCGCUCAUGUUCCCGGGAGGCAUUCCGUUUCCCAUGGGCGAUCCUCCCGCCUCCACGAUGCCGUUCCAGCCGUUUCCCUUCUUCGGAGCGCUGCGUGGCGCACCACUGCCCCAGCCGCCCUUCCUUGGGGCAACCCAGCGCGACCCGCCGGACGGUGUCCAUCGGCAGCCGGUGGAAAAAGAUUUGUCGGACCGGCCGCCAAGCGCUCUCACUGUGCCCAGCCCACCGGCCAGCCCACCGGCGGCGGGCGACGGGACGGACGAUGACGGCCCCGGGACGACCCUUAGAACUCCGCUGGGAAAAACGGCCGGCACACAGGCCGAACACAACAUGGAGCGACUGUUGGCCAUCUUUCCCACUCCACCCUCGCCCGAGGAGCAGCCGAGUCGGAGUCGGCUGGGGAAGUUGGGUCACCACUUUGCCAGCUCACCGUUCGUGCCAACGGGCCGCCGUUCCCGGUCCGCUCUGCUCGCCGAGGAAGACGUCAGCAUGGAGAGGGAGGAAGAUGUGGAAAGGGAGGAGCAACCAGAAGUGAAGCGAGCGAAGAAAGACGAAGGAAGCAGUCAAGGCCGGCAGCGAAAGGACUCCGACGGCGAUGGGAAGGAUAAUCCGAACGGCGAAAUGUGGCGACCUUGGUAAAAGGUGUGUGGGUGUGUGUGUGCUGGCGCCGACGGCGUAACCAAUUUUCGACACGGUUUCCCCGUCGUUCGAAUUUCAAACCCCAAGAGAGACAGAGAGCUUUAAGACAACCUAUUGACGAGAUGCUUUAACUAUACCAGUAAGACAAGCUUUAAGUGUAUUUGAUAGGGGAAUAGUUUUGUAGGUCGUAAGUGAGAUAGGUUUAAGUGUACAACAUAAGAUACAUUUUGUCGGAAUUCCGGCCAGGGAUGACAUUUGUUUCGUUUACAUGACAUCGUUUAAAUAGAAUGAAAUUGUGAUAUAAAGUGGAAGACAAUACAAUUUAUAUGAAUUUAAAUAACA